AUGAACAAAGCAACCUCCCCCUCACUUUCGACCCAAAAAAUGAUCGCUCUCAAAACGCUGCUCCCUCUCGCACUCAUCUCGUUUGCCUCGGUCUUCACGACCUUUGCAAAUGCCAAGGGACCUGUCAUCACCAACAAGGUCUACUUUGACAUGAAGCAAGGCGACGAGGCGCUUGGUCGCAUUGUUAUUGGUCUUUAUGGCAAG